GUUUACAAGCGGCGUGAAAGCACAUGCCACUGUCAGUCGAUCAGUCGAAAGCGUGUUGAGACACAGGACUAGGAAUAAGCAAGACAUUUAAGAAUCACCUUCAAAAGUCACCAUGCCUUUGAUAGAAGAAAUAUUUGAUGAAGAGCCAGUUGUUGAAAAACCAAGACGAGUUCAGAUUGAGGUUGUAGAAAAAGAACCACGUGUGGAGGACACAGCAGAUGUGGUGGCACCACCUUUGGUAGAGAAUGGUGGUCAAAAUGGAAUCCAAGAGAGCGAAAAGAAAGAAGAAUCUGAUGAAAAAGACAAGGCUGAUGAAGGCAACAGUGACAAGGACGGAAGUGAUACUGACAAAAAAGAAAGCAUUGUGGACAAAGAAGGCACAGGAGAUGGUGAUAAAGUGAAAGAUGAAAAGACAGAAAAACAAGGCUAUAUAUCAAAGAGUAACUCCAAAAGUGACUGGCCCAGAUUGACAAAAGCAUUCCUAAAGCAACAUUGUAAGGACUUGAAACUGUAUCUCACUCCAGCUCUUAAUGACGUCCUGUACCUCCAUUACAAAGGUAUCUUUGAGAUUGAGGCUCUUGAAGAAUACACAGGCCUCAAAUGUCUCUGGUUGGAAGUGAAUGGUAUCAAAAAGAUCAAGAAUCUAGAUAACCAGGUGGAUCUGCGCUGUCUGUUCCUUCAGCAAAACCUGAUAGACUGCCUAGAGAACCUAGAACCGCUACAGCAACUGGACACCUUAAACGUCAGCCACAACCUCAUCCGUAACAUAAACAACCUUGCAUGUCUGCCAGUCCUGAACACCUUAAACAUAUCCCACAACAAGCUGAGUUCAGUGAAGAGCCUGGAACACCUGGCCGAGUGUGACAACCUUAGUGUCCUAGACCUGUCCCAUAACGCCAUAGAAGACCCCGCUGCUAUAGACGUCUUUGAGAAAAUGAAGUCCCUGAAAGUUCUAAACUUGAUGGGAAAUGGAAUUAUCAGGCAGAUCAAGAACUACAGAAAAACCUGCAUUGUCAAAAUG